AUGAGCGACGAAUCAGCGGCUCAAGCUGCCCAACUACAGUCGAAUCUGAUCCAGGACGGUGAGGACUCUGUUGAGGCAGCUAACGGUGAAGGUGGUGGUGCGGGAACGGAAGGUACAGUUCGAUCACAACAUUUUCUAUUGACGGUUAUCGAUAAUUUAAGCGAAUAUUUUGGCGUGGAGCACACUCAGAAUGAUCAGUUGUCCAGUUCUCUGAGCACGUUUUUUUAUAUCGAAGUGGGUGGUUGA